AUGAGCCUGGAAAAAGAGCCGGCCGACCACGCUGGCCUCCGCCACGAUGACGACGACGACAACGACAACGACAACGACAACGAGCACAAGGACAACAGCCGUGCUGCUGCUUCCAACGACGACGGUGACGAUGAUCCCGUCGACUCGCCCGCCGUCGCCCUGAAGACGAGCGAGAUCCUCGCCGCCUGCACCUGGCGAGAUGCCACGCGCCUGAGGGCCCUCGCCGAGUCCGAAGGCGGCCUGCUCGCCGAUUCUCUGCGCCGAGCAGCCUGGCCCAUCCUGCUUGGAGCGUCUCCCCCUGCCAACGAAACGAAGCAUGUCGACAACGGCGACAACGACGACAACGACGACGAUGGCCUCGCUUACACAGACGGAUCGAGUUCCACUGCUGACGGCGAUUGGAAGGAUCUGCCACGGCAUCGGGACGAAGACCAGGUCCAGCUCGACGUCAACCGCUCCUUUGUCCACUAUCCAAGCGACCAAUCCGAGCCAGAACUCCACAAGCGCAAGCGCGAGCUCUCCGACCUCAUCGUCGAGGUCCUCCGCCGCCACCCCUACCUCUGCUACUUCCAGGGCUACCACGACAUCUGCCAGGUCUUCCUCCUCGUCCUCGAGCCCGCGGCGAGGGCGCCCCUCGUCGCCCGCCUCUCCGUCCUGCGCAUUCGCGACUUCAUGCUGCCCAGCCUCAGCGCCACCACCGCCCAGCUCCGGCUCAUCCCCGACAUCCUCGCCCGCGCCGACCCGCAGCUGCGCCGGCACCUCUCCAGCAUAGAGCCCUUUUAUGCGCUCGCCGGCACGCUCACCAUGUAUGCGCACAACAUUGAGCGGUACAGGGAUAUCGCUCGGUUAUUUGACGUGAUACUGGCCCGGGAGCCUACCUUCUCUAUAUACUUGUUCGCCCAGAUCGUCAUCGACCGUCGCGAGGAGAUCUUCGAGAUUGACGAACCCGACAUGCUGCAAGUCAUACUCGGCAGGGUGCCCCCCGAGCUGGACCUAGAUGGCCUCAUCAAGAGAGCCGUAAACCUCUUCACAAACCACCCUCCCGAAACCCUCCGCUCAUGGCAUCACAUUUCCAGCUCCAGCGUGCUCAAAACAUGCAGAGAUGUCGACGCGAGCACACGGCAAACAUUAGAAGACGGACACCGCUUCUUCGAGAGGCAGGUCAAGGAGAUACAGUGGCAGGAGCUGAGGAUGGGCGUCAGGAGAAAGAUGUGGGUGUACAGGCGGCCCGUCAAGUACGUCGGGGCUGCCAUCAUGGUCGGAUUCGUGGCCUUUUACCUUCGGCGGAACCCGUCGCUGGUCCAGUACAUAUGGUCCUUGUUCCCCGGUGGGCAUUGAUGUGUUUUCAUUAGAGGAGAAAAUAAAGGGGGGCGAAUGGUGUUCCAAGGAAUCAAUAUUCUUACAUGAGAGGACCGCCCUUGGGGGGAGGCGCUAGAGGAAGAAGAAGAAGAAAGGGAAAAAAAAGAGGUGGAAGAUUUUAAAGAAAAGGAAAACUGUGAUGGGAAUCGUACAAGGGUUUCGGUUGUC